AUGCCAUCUCGCUGUGUUUUCGAGCUUCCGGCUUCUUCAGGACUCAAACGUCUCGCCUCAUCACUGGCAUUUGUGUUUGACAUUGACGGGGUUCUGGUUCGUGGCAAGCGUGCAUUGCCAGCCGCAAAACGUGCUUUGGCGAUCCUUGAUGGGAACAAUAGAUUCGGCAUAAAGAUACCAUAUAUCUUGUUGACCAAUGGUGGUGGCGUGAGCGAAGUAACACGAUGCAACGAACUGAGUGAACAACUUGGGGUUCAGAUCAAGCCCGAACAGUACAUUCAAGCACAUACUGUCGUGCGCUCCAUUGUACACAAAUACGCGGACACCCCGGUACUAGUGCUCGGUGGCAGAGGUGACACCCUCCGUCAAGUUGCAGAAGGCUAUGGCUUCAGGCAGGUUUACAACACCCUGGAUGUGCUGGCGUGGAACCCGUCCGUAUGGCCGUUUCACGAUCUGACGAUGGAAGAGCGGACAUCAGCUAAGGCCGCAGAUUUUUCCAAAAUUCCCAUCGGCGCCAUUUUCGUGUUUCACGAUCCUCGAAAUUGGGCUCUAGAUAUUCAAGUAAUGUGUGACGUGCUAAGAUCAGGCGGUGUUAUUGGGGCACCACCGUAUGUGUCAGAAUGCUCGCGAAGGCCUGUCGACCUGGUGUUCUGCAACCCAGACCUGGUAUGGAAAUCAGAAUUUGACCGACCACGCCUCGGUCAGGGUGCCUUCAAGGAAGCAUUCCAGGCUGUAUUCAAGGCUUUAACGGGAACAACAUACUCAUAUGUCCAGUUGGGAAAGCCUACCGAGCAAACGUAUAGGUUUUCGGAGACCGUUUUAGGGCGUUAUGCUGGAGGUAAUUCCUCACUGCAAAUAUAUAUGGUUGGAGACAACCCGGAAUCUGACAUCGCGGGCGCAAAUGCUGCAGGGUGGAAGUCUAUCCUAGUAAACACUGGCGUAUACGACCCGCAACAAGGUCCACCCAAGCACAAGCCGACUCAUGAAGCUGAAAACGUAGAGAAGGCAGUCCUGUGGGCUUUAGAACAAGUGUUACAGCUAUAGAGAGGCGAGGACAUUCGUUGCCGAGAAGUUGCAACAUGUAACAUUGGAAUUUGACGAUACUUGAGUACCUUGGACGUAAGGGAGUAAAGUGCCGUCGACAUGGCUAUGAGUGUUCCGUCCCUCCGUUGAACGUAUGUGACUUAGGGCCGUGUGUCGAUCAGCGCGUUCAAACGGCUAACGGCCUCAACUGGCACUCAACACGCGGGGGGGGGGACCC